CAAAGAUAUAAACUAACGAAGAAUAGCAAAUGAGCUCUUAUUUAAAGAUAAACAUCUCUUGACAUUUGCAUCUUCAAUUCAUUUUUCUAAGAUUGAGCAAUCACCCAUGGAGUCUGUGGGCGAUCAACUCAACAUCAUCUUUCUUCCAUUCUUGGCCUCAGGCCACAUGAUCCCCAUGGUCGAAGCAGCAAGACUAUUUGCAGCUCAUGGCGUUACUGUCACAAUAGUCACCACCCCCUACAAUGCCCUUCUCUUCCAAAAAUCCAUUGACCAUGACAGAAACUCUGGCCACAACAUAAGUAUCCAUGUCGUCCAAUUCCCUCAUGCCGAAGUCGGUCUCCCAGUCGGAAUCGAAAACUUAAACAAAUGCCCAUCACACGACAUGGUCAGUAAACUCUAUAGUGGCAUUCAUAUGCUUCAACAACCGUUUGAGCAGAUCCUUUUCAACCUCAAACCAGACUGCAUCGUCUCAGACAUGUUCUACCCAUGGACUGUACAAGUAGCCACACAACUUGGGAUUCCAAGACUCCUGUUCCAUGUUUCAAGCUACUUUGCCAUCUGCGCAGAGCAUAGCGUCGAAAAGCAUAGGCCUCACCAAAGUGUGGAGUCAGACAUACAGACUUUCGUGCUACCAGGUUUGGCACAUAACAUAGAGAUGACGAAGCUUCAGAUCAUGGACAACGAAAGAUUCCAAGAUAGAUAUACGGAGUUUCUGAGGGUUAUUAAAGAAGCUGAAUUGAAAAGCUAUGGCACCAUCUUUAACAGCUUCAAUGGGCUCGAGCAUGAUUAUGAGGAAUACUACAAGACAGUCAUAGGUGUGAGAGCAUGGAGCAUAGGACCCAUUUGGCUGGCUUUGAACGUAGAUGCAGCGGAUAAGGCAGAGAGAGGUAACACAUCAAUAGUUCAAGAGCACGAGUGCAUGACAUGGUUAAAUUCCAAAGAACCCAACUCAGUAUUGUACAUAAGUUUUGGAAGCUUGACAAAGUUCUCUAGUGCCCAGCUUCUUGAAAUAGCAGUCGGAUUGGAAGCGUCCGGUCAUCAAUUCAUGUGGGUGGUUCGACAAAGAGAAAAUGAUGAAAAUCAAUGGCUGCCAGAGGGCUUCGAAAAGAGGAUGAGUGACAGCGAGAAGGGUUUUAUCAUAAAGGGGUGGGCUCCCCAACUUUUAAUCAUGGGCCACCCGGCCAUUGGAGGAUUGGUUACACACUGCGGUUGGAACUCUAUUCUUGAAGGGUUGAACGCAGGCUUGCCAAUGAUCACGUGGCCGGGAUUUGCAGAACAAUUUUAUCAAGAGAAGCUGGUGACUGAUGUGCUAAAGAUUGGUGUUCCAGUUGGAGUGACUGCUUGGUGUCGCUCGUUCGAUGAGGUAACUGAGGUAGUGAAGAGAGAGAAGGUGGAGAAAGCAGUGGCUUUGGUGAUGGGUAGUGGACCAGAAGCGAUGAAGAUGAGGAAGCAAGCUAGGGAGCUCAGUGCCGCAGCAAAGAAGACCGUGGAGAGUGGCGGCUCAUCUAAGGCCAACUUGAUCUCUCUGAUCAAUGAACUUAAAACAGUGAAACAUGGAAGCUGAGCCUGAGAUUAAUGGGAAGUCUAGUGUUGUUGUGAUUAGGUUCUGUUCUACAUUGAUAAUUUGCUUCAAAUUAGGACAAGACCGUCAAUUUCUUUGUUUCUAUGCAAUGUAACCCUUUCAUAUUGAAUAAAUUCUGCAAAAUUAAUUGCCGAAGGUGAAAUUUGUGAA